AUGUACCCGAGUUCUCGCAAGUCUAAGAUGUACACUGUGCCGCACAGUGGUGACUAUUCCGAGCCCUUAGAGGCCCAGCGUAUGGGAGGCCUGACCGAACUCCCCACCAACACUCCAUCCAACUCCCACAUGUCCGCUUUUCAGGAGAUGAAUUUCAUGGACCAACCAGACCCUCGAGCGUUUCUGAUCCCGGGCAAUUAUUCAAUCGGCAGGAGGGGAUCUACAGGAGCCGAUACAGUGGGCUCUCAAUAUGCAUGGUCCUCUGCGUCCAACGCGGACAUCCUCUCAAGAUCCCCUAAUAUGUCCUCCUAUGACAACCCCAUCGGCCAUGGAGCAAUGUCGCCCUUCAUGCAGGGUUACUAUCCAUCUGACUCUUCAGAUAUCCUCAACGACCCAAAUUUCCAGGGCUAUACUCCGCAACAGAUCGAUAAAUGGUGCAUUGACAGCAAUGCCGCGGGAGACCUCUACCAGUCCCAGCCAUACCCAAACAUGGGCUCUAUGCAAUUUUCAUCACCAGAGAUGCAAACAGAGUCCUAUUCGACAUUUAACAACGGCCUCAAUGCCAACGAACAUUGGCUCCCAUGCCCACCCCACUCCUCAGUCGACCUAAUCCAAGAAUCCUUCUUCUCACCCUUACAAUCACUCUCAGCCCCUCGGUCAGUUCCAGCACAAACAUCCCACCCAUACCAGUCUACACCAGCUACCAUCUCAGUAGCAUCCUCUCCUCCACACUCUACCUCCGACCCAGACUCCCCACCACCCGCAGCAGGAGGCUCCAGCUCCGGCUCCGGCUCCAACGCAAGCGACCUACGCAACUACGGCAUCCCCACAGGCGAUGGUAACUGGCGCUGUGCCUACCCAGGCUGUUCAUCGCAUGCCUCGUUCCGUCGGGGCUGUGAUCUGAGGAAACACUUCAACCGUCACAGGAAGUACCUCUUCUGUCGCUACGAGGGAUGUCCUCAGUCCGCGCAGAAUGCCCUGUCUUCACAAAAUGGGUUCAGUAGUAAAAAGGACCGUGCCCGCCACGAAGCGAAGCAUAACCCCGGUGUGCUUUGUGAGUGGGAUGGCUGUGGAAAGGUAUUCAGUCGCGUCGACAAUAUGAAGGAUCAUGUGAGGCGGAUCCAUCGAAAGGGUCAGACUGGGAGGGCUUGA